AUCUAUCUAUCUAUCUAUCUAUCUAUCUAUCUAUCUAUCGUCAGAAGUUUGAUGCAUAAUGAUGUGUUUUGUUCAGAACUUUUUCCAUUCUUCCGUUCUAAAAACAAUCUGUCAUAUUUCUCGACUUUAAUUAUACAGAUAUCACAGCACACCGUAUAUUACAAUAAUAUCGAUGUAUAAUAUCUGGUUUUGUGUAUUCAGUUAUUUUUCACAAAAAUGUGUAAAUAAACAAAUAAAUACAUAAAUAAGUUAAUUAAUUAAUUUACAAAGUUUUAUACAUUUCGGUGUAAACGUAUUACAAGUUGGUCUACUGGCUAUUUUAUGUGUAGUAUUCUGGAAGAUUUGUCAUUUUAAUGUCUUUUUCAUGUAUUUAGAAAAUGAAACAUAAUAUUUAGACGUAAGUAUACAUGCAGUUCUAUUAAUAAUCAGCAUAUAUGAGAUGUUUUUGAAAACUAUAUUUUUUUGUUUAAAACUCAAAAAUAUCAUGUUGCAUGUUUUGUGUCAGCAUACUGGUAAAACAUUUGUGGAAAUCUAUAUAUAUAUAUAUAUAUUAAAAUGAGUAAAGUAGAUGUAUUUUUAUCCUCUCAAGUACUUGUGGGAUUAUAUUUUUCUUGUUCCUUAACAAGCAUACACCUAAUGUUUACUGCAGGAUUGGUAGCCGUUUAACAUGUGUAGAAAGAGACUAAUGCGCAUAUGUUUGCAUAUCAGAGUUCAGAACUAAUGAUGUUUCUGCUUUGGAAUGGAGUGUCCCAUUUGUCAGCUGAAUGUUUCACUCACCACCUGAGUUAAGUGUCAAGGCAUGGGGUUGGAGGCAUGCGGGAUACUCCACCUUAAUAUAUCAUCAGUGGCUGGAAGCUCACCGAUAUAAACGUGUUUGCUUUAUUGGAAACAUUUACUGUUUGUGAAAACUUUAAAGCAAAGACUCCCGUGACAAGCUGACCUCAUGAGGUCAACUCAACCACAACUUCAGCCUCUUCUGUCCAAUCACAGAGCUCCUCCUACUUCCUAAUGUCCGGGUCCUGAACCAAUCAUUGCGCCCAGCUCCCUCUGGGAGUCAGAGGGGAUAGCGUCCACAGAUAAAAAUCUUUGACCAUCAUCCAUCCUCUCAGAGCAUCUUUCUUAUCCUCCGAGGAACCGUCCGAAACCCGGAGUGUCGAUUCCAAACUCUCCCGAUUGGGAUAACAUUAGGCAACAUCUUUGAGGCCCGGGUUCACUUUUCUUCCCCAACUGUGGCAACCUGUUACUCAGGAAUCCAGACGACGGCAAAGGGUAAAUGAAACAAAACUGACAAAAGGUAAUUGCUGGAUUUAAAAAAAAAAGAAAAAAGGCGCAUCGCAGACAGCUUAUCCAGAUCGGAGGGAACAUGACGGCGCUGGCAGGAGGUUUACCGAGAAUGAUGAGACCGACUCCUCACCAGAACUACCCGCGUGGAGGAUACUCUUUGGAAGUUUCCACUCCGUUAGGACAGGGUCGGGUCAACCAGCUCGGAGGAGUCUUCAUAAACGGCAGACCUCUCCCCAACCACAUUCGCCACAAAAUCGUAGAGAUGGCCCACCACGGAGUCCGGCCGUGCGUCAUCUCCCGGCAGCUGAGGGUGUCCCACGGUUGCGUCUCCAAAAUUCUGUGCCGGUACCAGGAGACUGGCUCGAUCAGGCCGGGAGCAAUCGGAGGCAGCAAACCAAAGCAAAGUGCCUGCCCAGAAGUGGACAAGAAGAUCGAGGAGUACAAGAGAGAAAAUCCCGGCAUGUUCAGCUGGGAAAUCAGGGACAAACUACUGAAAGAUGGAAUCUGCGACAGGAACAAUGUCCCCUCAGUGAGCGCCAUCAGCCGCGUCAUGCGUUCCAAAUUUGGCGGAGUUGGUGAGGACGAGGAGGAGGACGAUGAGAUGGUGAAGAGGACGCUGGAGGAGAGCGAGCCCCGGACAAAACACAGCAUCGAUGGCAUCCUGGGAGACAGAUCGAGCCACUCAGAUGAGGCUUCAGACGUGGACUCUGAGCCAGGCCUGCCGUUAAAGAGGAAGCAGCGCCGCAGUCGGACGACCUUCACAGCAGAGCAGCUGGAGGAACUGGAGAGGGCCUUUGAACGUACACACUACCCAGACAUCUACACGCGAGAGGAGCUGGCUCAGAGGGCCAAACUGACAGAAGCUCGAGUUCAGGUGUGGUUCAGCAACAGAAGAGCUCGAUGGAGGAAACAAGCAGGAGCUAAUCAGCUAAUGGCUUUUAAUCACCUCAUACCAGGUGGUUUCCCUCCGUCAGCCAUGCCAGGCCUGCAGCCUUAUCAGCUGUCAGACAGUCCCUACCCUCCAACCUCUAUAGCCCAAGCCUCUGAACAGCUAAGUACAGUCCAUCGGCCUCAGCCUCUGCCGCCCACCUCCGUGCACCAGAGCGCGCUCAGCUCAUCCGCAGCUUCCCAAGACGGAGGCUCAGGAUAUUGCCUUUCCUCUGGAAGGCACAACUUCUCAGGAUACUCGGACAGCUUUGUGCCCCCGACAGGACAUGGCAACACUGUUAAUCCCAGCAUCAGCAACGCCAUCUCUCCACAGGUGAUGGGCUUGCUGAACCCGAGUGGAGUGCCGCAUCAGUCCCAGAGUGACUUUGCCCUCUCCCCUCUCACAGGAGGCCUUGAGCCUAACGGAGCCAUUUCUGCUAGCUGUCAUGGCUCUCAGCGCUUGGAGGCCCUUCCAAGCCUGAGCAGCAUGCCCACCCUACCAAGUACACAGUCUUACUGCCCACCUUCUUACACCUCCCCAGCCUACGCUGUCGACCACCAUCCUAGCUACCAGUAUGGACAGUACGGACAGAGCAAGGUGCCUUUCAUUAUAUGAAGCCCCGACAUGGCCUAUGCAGGAAGCUCAUAUGGAUACGCUGGCAUUCCUACCCGGAGAGAGACGCCACCCACUGCCUUUGCCAACUUCUCCAGCCCUAGGGACAGCAAGACCAGCAGCGUGGGAGGUGACAGGGUUUAUUUGGUUUGACUUCAGCAAGAAGCAGAGACACUUUGGAUGGUUGUGUAGUGAUGGAAAUGAAGAAAUUUCACUGUAAUAAUUAAAGACUGUAGGCAAUGCCCCACCCCCACAACCUCAUGCCCACCAUGCCAGGCUGAAAGGACCAAGACAUUUUUUUUUCUAUUUUUUUCUGAAAAAAAUAGGGAGUGGAACUUUGUGUAUGAACUGAAUGUUCAAGACUUCGUAUUUGGAUCGUACAGUAAGGCGGAGAUAUAAUGUGGACUUUUCCAGCCCCAGGUGCCUCUGUGGUCUUUUGUGGUUGAAGGUUAGACAGCUUGGUGAUAGCGUGCUCAGCUGUAAUACUGAUCUCAGAAUGUCUUCAUGACAAAGUCUUACUGUAUAUUGACGAGGCUCAUGCAUAUGUAGUUUGACAUAAACAUGUGGCUGCGUUUGGAAAUCCAGCAAGAAAGCAUGAACUGAAGCUAAGUGGUGUCAGUGCAACCCAAAGAAAGUGCAAUACAUUCAUACCUCAUGUGCUGUAAAUGAACACGGAUCGAGGAUCUCCAGUUAUAUCCUUGAUUAGCUAUCUCUUUUUUGGUGUUAUAAAAUUUUGGGUGAGUGCAUUUAUCAGUCAGGGGAACUUAUCAAGCAAUGCAUAGAAGUCAGUGUAGUCAUACAGUCUUUUGCCAAAAAAUAUAUUAAAAGACUUUACCAGUGAGUACAAUAUUCAUCUUGACUGUUCAUUUUUGUUGUCGCUUUGCAUGUUUUAGUUGUUUUCAGGAUCUCAUCAAUUUGUAGGUGCCCUCCUUAUUUAUUAAAUGUUGCUCAAUUGUGUUUUUUGUUUUUAAAGGAAUUUUUCUACAACUGCUCCACUGUGCUUAAGUCUUACAUACGGUUCCUUAUUCCCUUUCUUUUGUAUGAUUUUUUUAAAUUUACAACUGUGUGAUUUUUGUUUUUUGUUGUUGUUGUAAGACGUUUUGUGUAAAGCAUAGCACUAUUUCUAUUUAUAAUAAACAACGUGCAAAAUA